CUCGCGGCUGGAGGGGGCAGUAACGUGUCCCCUCCCCCUUGUGGUGUGUUAGCUCGGUUGCUAGCUGAUGGUCGUGUGACGCUAACUGUGGACUGAUUGGGAUCUCGAUGGGCUGAGUGAUGCGCAUGUGCAAUAUGAAGAAUGGAAGAAGACGAUGUUACGAUCAGAGAGCAGAACUUCCACAGCCAAGUCCGAGAGUACAUCAUCUGUUUCCUGUUGUUUGCUGUGCUGUACAUCGUGUCCUACUGCAUCAUAACACGCUACAAGAGGAAAACUGAUGAUCAUGAAGAUGAAGAUGCCGUGGUUAACAGAAUCUCUAUGUACCUGUGUACAUUCACUCUGGCUGUAUCUGGAGGUGCUGUUCUUCUUCUCCCCUUCUCCAUCAUCAGCAAUGAGAUCCUUCUGUCCCUCCCCAAGAACUACUACAUCCAGUGGCUCAACGGAUCACUCAUCCACGGCCUGUGGAACCUCGUCUCGCUCUUCUCCAACCUGUGUCUCUUCAUCCUCAUGCCUUUUGCAUAUUUCUUCUUGGAGUCCGAGGGAUUCGCCGGCUCGAAAAAGGGCCUGAAAGCUCGCAUCCUGGAGACGUUUGUGAUGCUGUUCCUCCUCGCUCUGCUCAUCCUGGGAAUCGUGUGGGUCGCGUCCGCACUCGUCGACAACGAUGCUGCCAGCAUGGAGUCUCUCUACGAUUUGUGGGAGUUCUACCUGCCCUACUUAUACUCGUGUAUCUCUUUGAUGGGUGGCUUGCUGCUUUUGAUGUGUACUCCAGUGGGUUUGUCCCGGAUGUUCACGGUCAUGGGCCAGCUGCUCGUCAAGCCCACGAUUCUGGAGGAUUUAGACGAACAGUUGUACUGCAUUCAGCUGCAGGAGGAAGCGCUGCAGCACAAGCUCAAUGGUUCCGUGUCCCUGUUCUCCGUCUCCUCUCAGAGUCUCCACAAAGAGCUGCAGAACGUUCGCUCACAGAGACGGAAGCUGGAGAGGAGGAAGAAAGCAUCAGUUUGGGAGAAGAACCUUCUCUACCCCAUCGUCAUGUUAAUACUGCUAGCUGGCACGGCCGUCUCCGUGUUCCUGGUGGCUCUGAACAUUUUGUACCUGCUGGUGGAUGAAACCGCGCUACCAAAAGGAUCGACGGACCCUGAGAUCGGGAACGCGUCUCUCUCAGCAUUCGGUGUCGUGCAGGCGGUGGUUGAAAUCAUCCUCAUGAUUUACCUGAUGGUCUCGUCAGUACUGGGAUUCUACAGUCUUCGCAUCUUUCAGGGACUCACACCCAGGAAGGACGACACCACCAUGACCACGAUCAUUGGCUGCUGCGUGUCCAUCCUGGUCCUGAGCUCGGCGCUCCCAGUCAUGUCCCGAACUCUCGGAAUAACGAGGUUCGACUUGUUGGGAGAUUUUGGUCGCUUUAACUGGUUGGGGAAUUUCUACAUCGUGUUCUCGUAUAACCUGCUGUUCGCCGUGGUGACCACAGUCUGCCUCAUCACCAAGUUCACCUCGGCCAUCCGAGAGGAGCUGCUCAGAGCGCUCGGUCUGGAUAAACUGAAUCUCUCCACGAGUCCCACAGAACCCGAGCCGAAUAAACUAUCAGCUAACGGCCAUCAGAAGACGCUCUAAACUUCUCUUUCACACACACCCCCACCAGACGAGUGCGUCUCCUGCAGAAGGACGUUUACAGACUUCCAUUUAGCUCCAGAGACUGAGAGUUUUACAUUCAGCGAGGACUUUUCCUUCUUCAUGCUGUGAAUAAGCGGAGAUGGGGGU